AUGUGCACAGACAACGCGUUCUUUCACUGUAGUUUUCGGACCGUCGAACCCUACCCACUCGUCUGCGAGCCCUACCGCGUGCCAUUCCUCCUCAACCUCUCCUGCGCCGCCGGCUUCGACUGA